UAAUCAGUUUGCACAACCUUCAUGUUGCCCAAUCCAUGACUGAUAUAAAAUAACUCUUGCACUGGGAGGAAAGUAGUUUCUGGGUGCCUCAUCUACUGUAGAACAGAAACCACAGCGUUAUACGGUCAAAAGAUGCAUCUGAUCCUGCUGUCCAGUCUUCUUCUUUUGGGACUAUCUCUGGCCAACGGACAUGAAACGGAUCCUGAAGGACAAAUACUGAAUUCUUUGGUUGAAAAGGUCGGCAGACUUGAGAAAAAGAUAAAUGAGGUGGAAAAUGCCUUCUUGUCAGUCCACAGAGCUCGAUCCUUUGGAAGUGGCAGUGAAAGAUUAUACGUGACCAACAAGCAAUUUGGGAACUUUGAAGCUGUCAGAAACACAUGUGUCCAAGCCGGUGGCCAUAUUCCUUCCCCUCAACUCCUAAAUGAGAACAAGGCCUUCGCAAGUGUUUUGAAGAGAGAAAACAAAGAAGCCUAUCUUUUCGUCCAGAACCCAGCCAAGUUCACCAACUGGGCUGCGGGAGAACCGAAUAACGCAGGCGGAAGCAAGUUGUGUGUGAAAGCAGAUACACAGGGAGCCUGGCACUCUGCAUCCUGUAAUGAAGACCUCUUGGUGGUGUGUGAAUUUUCUUUCAUUUGAGGAGAAGGAAGGCUAGCAUCCUGUGCAGAAGAGAGGAGCUACCUAAAAUAGAACAAGCCAAAAGCAACCCUACCAAGACAUCAAAACGUAAAGCGCCUACAAAUGAUUCCACCUUUGUUGAACCACAUUGAAGAAUGUUCAAUAAAUGAAUGAAACAAAUGUCA